AUGGCGGUUGUGAACUUGCAAGCAGAAGCAGGCGAGAAACCUCCCAGCAAGAAACGACGCCGCGAUGAAGAUCUUCAACAGCUGCUGCGCAGCACUGGCUCUGCUAGCCAACGCUCUUCCUGCCCUCUCGCUACCAGGGACGAACGGCCUGUCUGUUCGCAAGGAGACGAAGAAAUAUGUCACCGCGCAUUUCAUGGUCAGGUCGGCAUCGUCGAAAACUACUCCCUCGACGACUGGAAGCACGAUAUGGAACUAGCCAAAGAGAUUGAUAUCGAUGCAUUCGCCCUCAACUGCGCCAGUAUCGACAAGUACACAGACUCGCAGCUAGCAUUAGCCUAUGAGGCCGCCGAAGCAGUCGACUUCAAAGUCUUCAUCUCGUUCGACUUCGCGUACUGGUCCAACGGGGACACUCAACGAAUCACGAGCAUCAUGAAGCUGUACGCCGACCACCCGGCUCAGUUCCAGUAUGACGGCGGUGCGCUGGUGAGCACGUUCGUCGGCGACAACUUCGACUGGAAGCCUGUCAAGAGCGCAGUGAGCCAUCCCAUCUAUGCGGUGCCCAUGCUGCAGGACCCGAACUUUGCGAGCACGGCGAAUACGGGCAUUUCCGGGGCUUUCUCGUGGUAUGCUUGGCCGACGGAUGGAGGGAACAGUAUCAUCAGGGGUCCGAUGACGACUAUUUGGGAUGAUAAAUAUAUCAGCAACCUCGAGAAGGUGAAUAAGGUGUAUAUGGCUCCUGUCUCGCCAUGGUUCUCAACGCACUUCAACACCAAGAACUGGGUCUUUAUCUGCGAGGACCAGCCGCACCGCCGCUGGAAGCAGAUGCUCGACAUGCAGCCCGAGCUGAUCGAGAUCAUCUCCUGGAAUGACUAUGGCGAGUCACACUAUAUCGGCCCAUACUCUGAAGCCCACUCCGACGACGGCUCUGCACAAUGGACGAAGGACUUCCCUCACGACGCCUGGCGCAUCAUCGCAAAGCCCUACAUCGCCGCAUACAAGGCCGGCGCGAAGGAAGCCACCGUGGAGUCUGACCAGCUCGUCUACUGGUAUAGACCGACACCAAAGGGCGUCACUUGCUCGAAGGAUCCGCUCGGCCCGCCACAGGGAAUCAACUUGCUUGAAGACGCCGUCUUUGUCACCACGCUGCUCACCGAGCCGGCCACCUUGGUCGUCGGCAGCGGCCCCAACGAGUUCUGGAUUGACGUCGAUGCAGGAAUUGUGACUUCCACCGUCCCCAUGGGUGUUGGGUCGCAGGACUUCUAUGUCAGACGCAACGAUCAGGUGAUCCUGGGAGGUCCUGGAGGGAUGGAUAUCAAGAACCAGUGUGAUUAUUAUAACUUCAAUGUUUAUGUAGGGUCUUACAGCGCUUAG